AUGCCCACAGUUACGGCUCUCAUGUCCUGGCUUAUUAAACCGCUUAUCCAACUUCUGGGGUUGCUUCCCCUGGCCACAGUUGUGUUUGCCAGUAGUAAUAUCUGUGAUAUCCUCAAUUACCAGAUCCCAGGCCGAGUCUCGUACUCAGACGACUUGGCCUACACUGCGUCAGUGUCAUCCUAUUACUCCGGAUUCGAGAGAGCCCUGAGGCCCAGCUGCAUCUUCAGGCCAAGUACCACGGCUGAAGUUUCAGAAUUUGUCCAGCUCGUCAGCGUAAAUGCCACUACGAAGUGGUCGCUGCCUCAAUUUGCCGUCAGGGGUGGGGGUCACACCCUGUUCACCGGAGCGGCAAAUAUUAAUGGGAGCGUUACAGUGGACAUGCGUUCUAUGAACUCCCUGGCUCUUAGUGACGACCAUAAAAUUGCCUCCGUAGGUGGCGGCAGUAUCUUCAGUGAUUUUUAUCCCCGGCUUGUGCCACAUAAUCUCUCAGUGAUGGGAGGACGAGUUCCAGGAAUCGGGGUCGGUGGAUUCACGACCAGAGGAGGUUUGAACUUUCUGUCGCGGGAGCACGGGUUCUCUUGUGAUAACAUAUACGGAUACGAGGUGGUUCUUGCGAAUGGAUCAGUCAUCUAUGCGAGCGCAAGCUCCAACUACGACCUCUGGCUUGCUCUCAAGGGCGGCUCGAACAACUUCGGAAUAGUCACCCGCUUUGACCUCGCGACCUUUCCACAGGGGCUUAUGUGGGGAGGCAUGAUUCUGUUUAACUAUACAGACAGUAUCGUGGACCACCAAGCCCAAGAUUUCAGCAAUUUUAUGGAUCCCACCAACUUCGACAGUGCAGCAGACAUGGCGGUUAUUCUUAACUUCGAGGACGGCAGCUUCUCUAUUGGGAACUUUCUUUUCUAUACGAAACCAGUCGCCAAUCCCCCUGUUUAUCAGCCGUUUACGUCCUUGCCGUCCCCGAUUUUUGACAACUUGGGCUUCAAUAACUGUAACCGAGUUCGUGGCGAUCUUGCAGAGAGCUGGACUCUAUAUAUACCUUUCAAGUAUCUGAACUAUGCAGACAAGUCCCAGGACCCGUUUAGUAGUUAUGGAGAGGCAAACAAGGCUCAUCUUAUCGCUGUCGGUAAGCGGUAUGAUCCCAAUGAGCUGUUUCAGAAAGGGCUUCCUGGGGGCUUCAAACUCUUUGCGUAA